AUGUCUCAGUUAUAUAGUUUCCCACCCACGUUAACUUCACAUUUGCGUGCUCUGGAUUAUAAUCUUUAUUCAAGCAUUGAUACCCUUUAUAUAUCAUGGAAAGUAUUACCCACGUAUGCAUUUUCAAAUAGCAGUACUUGCGACACUUUAUGCAUCCAAAAUGAUAAUAUGGAUGAAAAAGAAUUAUCUAUUUACUAUCAAUCCAAAAACCAAAUUUCCAUCAUUCGUCAGCACAUUAUUUAA